GUCGAAGCUGAAGACACUUUGCACCUCCCUGGUCUGACUUCAGACAUACGAUUACGAAACUCGCACCUACGUAACCUAUCGACGUCCAUAUAUCAACUGAUUGACCCUCCCUGCGCGACCGCCGCAAAACCUCACAAAUCAUCACCAUGGCGCGCAAGAACCCCAACAUCAUAGUCACAGGGACACCAGGCGUAGGCAAGACCACACACGCGGAACAGCUUGCACGAAGUACGGGAUUCAAUCACAUAUCUGUAAACCAGAUCGUCAAGGACGAGGGUUACCACGAGGGCAAGGACGAGGAGACAGGAAGCUGGGUAGUGGAUGAGGACAAGCUCCUCGAUCACCUUGAAGCUACCGACCUCAACGAAACCGGCGGAAAUAUACUCGACUGGCACGCGUGCGACCUUUUCCCCGAGCGCUGGAUAGACCUCGUCAUUGUACUGCGCUGCGACUCUACCAUACUGUACGACCGUCUGACGGCGAGAGGAUACAAGGAUAAAAAGCUCGAGGAGAACAUGGAUAGCGAGAUUAUGCAGGUGUUACUUGAUGAGGCGAGGGAGGCGUAUAAGGAGGAGAUAAUUGUGGAGUUGCGGAGUGACAGUGCGGAGGAUGUGGAGGGAAAUCUGGAGAGAGUGGAGCAAUGGAUCGAGAAUUGGAAGAAGGACCGAGCA